UACCGCCGCCUCCUCAGCCGCCGCAUCCCGGCCCCGCGCCGCGUGCGCCCCGCAGCCAUGGGGGAGAUCCCCCCGCUGGUGCGCAUCAGCCUGGCGCUGCGCAUCCAGCCCAACGACGGCCCGGUCUACUUCAAGGUGGACGGGCAGCGCUUCGGCCAGAACCGCACCAUCAAGCUGCUCACUGGCGCCAAGUACCGCGUGGACGUGCAGCUGCGGCCGGGCACCCUCACCGCCACGGCGCUGGGCAUCGGCGGCGUGAGCGUGCCGCUGGAGGAGAAGGGCCGCGACCCGCAGCUCGUGUCCUACGCGGGCGUGUACGACACGGAGGGGGUGGCGCACACCAAGAGCGGCGAGCGGCAGCCCAUCCAGGUCCACAUGCAGUUCACUGACAUUGGUACUUUUGAGACAGUCUGGCAAGUCAAGUUCUACAACUACCACAAACGGGAUCACUGCCAGUGGGGAAACAGCUUUGGUAGCAUUGAGUAUGAAUGCAAACCGAAUGAGACACGAAGUCUUAUGUGGAUCAACAAAGAGACCUUCCAUUGAAGAUGGAUGAACCUGACACUGCUGGACAAUCUCUUUUAAAAAAAGUCUACCUUUUAAACCAGCAAAAAGGCCUUAGCAAAGGCACACCGUAAAGUUGUUCUGUCCCACAUGGUACCAAUAACAUGUUAUACGUACAGUGGGUGCCAUUAAAACAUUGCCAUUAGUAGUGUAUUUUUAUUAUAGCAUCUACAACAUUCUUUAUCUAUAGAGCUGAGAAUAUUGCUGGUCACUGGGUAAAGAAAUGUGUGAGGUUGUCAAGAUUUGGGUUAUACCCACUCUGCAGCUCCUCUAGAUGUAAUAACCUUUGUGAAAUCCUUUGUUUCAUUGCUUGAGAUUUUGACACAUCAUAUUGGUGAUUAUUUCUGUAUUUAUGUUUGUGUUCCCAAAUCAACAUGCUCCAUUGUAAAGUUUGUCUUCACUUCAUCACAGUAGAUGGCAAAAGUGCAAUUGAUGGAUAUUUGUAAGUUUAGUGUAAUGGCAGCUACUAUGCUGCUAAAGUUGUAUUUCCAUAUCAGGAGAUUUGGAGACUUAUCAAUUUUCUUUCUUUUGGAUGUGGUAAGAUGUAUUGUGACAGACUUUCCUCUUUUGUGAGAUUUGUCACUACUUUACUUUGCUACAUUUCCCAGUUGCUGAAACGAUUUUUAAAAAAUACAGUAGAAAUAAUGAAACACGUUACCCUAAAAACAUAUGGAAAAGCAAUAAAUCUGUGGUCUUAAAGGCAAAUUAAUUUCUAUCAAUGGUAGAUAUAUCUCUCUGGAUAUCACAUACAAUACUCUAACUGUGACCACUACACAUUUUGUUGAUUUAAUUCAUUUCUUAAAUCAGCAGUUCAAGUGCUAAUCUCCUUUUCUUAAAAAGGCAUGCUGCUGUGACCAGUAAAAUCUUUCCAAAUUGAUGAAUUUUUCAAGCAUUGCAAAUGUAUUGUACCAAAACCUACAGACUUUCAUGCUGACCAAAACUGCUCAUCUCUAUGAGGAUUAAGCCCAAAUCCUGCAUGUGUUUACACAUGUGAUUUCAACAGAACUUUUCUUGUAAUUAAAGACCAGCAUGUUCAUAAGUAUCUGCAGGAUCAUGACUUAAGGUGCUAUGUAACACUGUUUACACCUUUGAAGCAAAAGAAAAAGUACACUUUGAUCUCUCUUUCAUUAGAGCAAGUUACUUAUUAUGCUGUCCCACCUCCAAACUCUGCUGAAUUAAGUUAUCAAGUUUUUGCAUAUCAGUUGUUCUCAUAUUCCUUUGUGAAUAAUUUGUAAAUUGUGUCUGUAAAUUGUAACCACUUUUGACCUUUGUAAUAAAGGACUUAAUAAUCUC